AUGGGCAGGCUCAUCAAGAACCACUGGGGGCGGUUAAUCAUUCUCACCGCAGCAGCUUACCAGGUUGCCAGCGCUAUCGAGGGCUUUAUCUGGCCCAAAGUAUUCUGGGACUUUAUCUCCAGGAACCUCGAUGCGGCCGUCGCCCCAGUACCCGUUCUUCAAAUCCUAAAUCUCAUCAUGGGCCUCGUGGGCAUAGCCUGGGAAUGGCCUCUCAAGCCAUUUGCUGGCUCACUACCGCACCGCAGCAUUGAAAUCCGUCUCAUCAUAUACCCCCUCAACGCCCUCCUCGCGGCGCUUCUCUAUCAAGGCACCGACCCUGCAAUAUAUUAUUUGAUUGGCAUCGGUGUCUAUUUCUGGGCCUACAGUGAAGGCGAGGUCGUCUGCCCGGAGCCUUGGACCUUGCCAAAACGGCAUGGACUAUUUAAAGCAUAA